AUGCCUUUGACUCUCUCGCUCAACUCGAGUUGUACCGUCUUCACGGUAACCGAUGAGAGUUAUGGUUGUUUUGAUUUUCAGCCUCUCUCGACAACCUCUACGACCAAUGCCAUAUCGAACAACAACAUUAGUCAUGGCACCACAUCAAGUAGCGCAGCAACAACAACAAACACGAAUCAAGGAGGAGGAUCAUCCUCUCCGCUUCUUGUACAGACAGCAUCAUCGCCAUCCCAUUUUUCAUCUGACAUUUUGAAUUAUAUAGACAUCAUUCAAGUGUUACCAUCCAUCUCUUCCAGUCGAACGUUACUCAAAGAAGUUCAACAUGUUGCAAAUUCGUUUGGAGAACAAGCUUGUUUUCAAUAUGUUCAAAAACAACAACAAGUAGUGAUGCAAUCGAUAACAACCAGUGGUGGAUCAUCUUCAUUGUCAGGCAAUUCGGAAAUAUCGCCAACAACACCAACGUCCCUCUUUUCAUCAUUGUUUAGUAGUACAUCAGAGACAAGUUUCAGUGAAAUGGUUAGUGGCAAGACAGGUAAUCAAUUAAUGUCAUUGGCGUACAAAAAGUAUCGAGCGGAGACCAAUGCCAUGCUUGUCAAAGAUCGAGUGACCAAUGAAUUACUAGUAAUGAAACCAAUUUUGUUCUUGAAUGAAGAGGAUUUUGAGAGGAAGAGCAAAAUGUUUGAAAAAUUGAAAGCAAUUGCAUUAACAUCCUACAAUGUCGUUACUCCUCAUCGAUUUUACAGAUACUUCAACACACCCAUGUCCUCCGACGAUGACUUCUCGUUGCUCAUUCCACAAGCACUAAACUCUCCAAAUGGAUCUGAAUUCAUGUCACCAAGUACAUUUCUGUCACAACGAAAGAAGCGUGUUGUCGGUUCACUAGCAUUCAUGACCACCGAAUAUGUCAAGAAUGGAGACUUGUUUCAUCUCUUGAGAAAAUACAAUAAUUGUGGAAAAAGAUUUUCAGUGAUGGACAUUUUCAAUUUCAUCAUUCAAGUGUGUUCCACAUUGAGUUGCAUGAAAGUGAAACAAACAUUGACGAGCAUGCCCAAAGAUGCUGCUCGCUCCAAUGAGAGAAUUUCUGUUGCUACUAGUUCCGAUAUUGAAGGAUAUGUGGAUGAGAUUUUAUCGGUACAUGGAAAAUUAACAGCUCACAAUAUUCUUGUGGAAUUUGAACCGACUGGACUUUACAAAUUUUUUCUUCAUAAUUUUUCCUUCAUGCGUAAUACAUUAUUGAAUAAGCAGAGGUAUACACUUCCUGUCAUUGAUGACGAUAAGGAGAAUGAACAACUGUUGUUGGACUCUCAAAAUGAAUUACUACUCUUUCCUUCACCUCCAGAAUUAAUGGGCAAUCCUGAAGUGAACUUUUUGAAGGACUAUGACGAUUGUUGGUGUUUGGGAGUAUUAAUGUAUCAAUUACUCACUGGAAAACCCAUUUGUUUCGAUGAUCAAGAGCAGAGAGAAAUUUUAAAAUCUAAAGCUGUACGCACACUCAACAUGACGACCGUGAAAGAAGAAUUGGAGAAUUAUCUGAAAGAGGGACUUUUUGCGGUGGAGCACGAAUCCACUUGUUCCAAUCCCACUCCAGUCUCCAAAAAGAGAAAGAAACAACUCGAAGAAGAAUUGUAUGAUGACGCUAAGGCACUGGUAGAUUUAACACUAGGUUUACUAUCGUAUUUACCUGAAGAGAGAUUCACACCUCUCCAAAUUUUACAACAUGAGACCACAUUGAAAUACAUGAAGAUUAUUCAUAGUGUUCAAGAGGAAAAAGGAAUAGAAUUUUGUGAACAAGUUGGCCAUGACAUUACCACGAUUGAAUCUCAAAAACAAAAUUCACAAAAUUCUGCUCUCUAUCCCUUUCUAAGUCAAAAAGAUUUCAUUUCACUUCAGUUUUUCCAUGCUUAUCACAAGGAAAAAGGCAUUGAAGAGAAAUGGGACAAGUCCUUCUUUCGACAGGAACGUAUUGGCCAAGAGGAAAAUAUUAUUCAACUUCUGGAAUUAUCUUUCAAUAACUCGAUACGGACAUUUAUUUUUGCCUUCAUUCGAAAUUUACAUUUAAAUGUGUUGCAAGACUUUAGGAAGGAAGUCAAUCUUCCAACCGAUUACAAAAUGUUGAAAAUUGUAUUUUUGAACUUGCUUUCACUUCAAGCAAAGAAGAAAUCCAAUGUCACCUUUAAACAUGUACGAUCAUUUAUUGGCCAAGCAUUACCACUGAUACCUGAGAUGCUUUUAUUGAUUGUUCUUUUGGAAUCGAUUGAGUUGUUACUGGAAAGUGAUUACGAAUAUUAUAGCACCCAUCCAUUCGAGUACAAUAAGGGACAACUCUUCCAUCAAAUUCAAAAGAUUGAAACAGAAAUUAAAUCGCUCGUGUCCAAGCAUGAAAUUGAAAGCUCACAAUUCCGAAUUGCCACACGAUUGUCGAAAAAGGAGACCGAAGUCAGAUACUUUAUUGAACGGUUCACACUCCCGUUGGCACAAAAGUUAAUUGAUGGUCUGAAAAAAUCAGAUCCUCAAACUUCAUCAGGUAGUAAUUCGAACGGCAAAGGAAAUAUCGUACUUUCAUUGUUGAGAUACAUUGUCUGUAAUUGUUUCCAGAAGGAGCACAAGUGGGUUCUCGUUGGAAAUGAAGGGAAAAUGGAAGGUAAAUUAUUUGGAUUUGAAGACAUUUUCUCGAAUAAGAAGAAGAGAAGUAGAUGCUCGUUGAAUUUCACCUACUCACGCGAUUAUGUGAAUGCAGAAGGAAAUAUUCAACUGCAACUUGCCUUUUCUAAACAUGGCGAUAAGGAAGUGCUCUUCUCAGAUCGUCUCGAAAAGGUGAAUGAUAAGUGUAAAAUUCAGAAACGUAUUUUUGUGGUGAGUGACUUGGCCGUGUACAAUAUUGAUCCUUCCAAUUUCAAGAUUAAGCGACGAGUGGAAAUUUCUGAAAUUGAGAGCAUUUAUGUGAGCACCUACACGGACGGAUAUUUUGUACUCAAAGUUCCAAAUUCGUAUGAUUUUCUGUAUAGUGCAUGGAGAAGGACCGAACUCAUUGUGGCCAUUCAAAAAGUGAGCAAUAUUCCAGUGCAUGUUUCUAAUCGAUUUCCUUUCAAUCCAGCGAAGGGAGACAAUCGACAGGUCGUUUUUGUUGAGGACUCUAAAACACCAAAAUCAAAUGUGAAACUUGUGAAAAAAGAAUACAUUGUGACCGUGAGACCUCCCGAAGUAGAUCCCAUUAAUAUCGAGUCGGUUCAUGCAUUGGUUACCUUGGGAAAAUCAAGUGAACAGAAAGAAAUUGUUUUAGACCCGUAUGAUGUGACAACUCUGAAACUACCACCUACUGCUUCCUACAAAAUUCGUUUCAAAUUCUAUGUGAAUACUUCUUUGAAUUGCUUUUUAGAUGAAUUUAUCAAGGCAGACAACGAAACCGUAUUCCAACUGGUAUUGGGUCAAUUCGAAAAGAGUGAAGAUCCCAUUGUACUCAUUACUGACAAACGAACUGUGAGUGAUUACUUUGCUCUGAAAACAAAGAAAACACAAGUGACUUUGAAAAUCAUGGAUACUGAACGACAAGCCAUUCAUUCUCAACAAUUUCAAAUCGAGUAUGACAUGCAGUAG